CAGGUGUACGACAAUGGAUCCCUGACGUUGCAAGAAGUGUCCGAAAUCGACGGAGGUCAUUAUUUAUGCCAGGCAUCUAAUGGAAUUGGUGCCGGACUAAGCAAAGUCAUUCAUCUCACUAUCCAUACACCUCCAAAAUUCGAAGCCAAGUUCAUAAGCCAUACGGUUCCAAAAAACAAAGCAGCUGAGCUGAAAUGUGAAGCUGUUGGCGAACUUCCUAUCCGAAUCAAGUGGGAAAAAGACAAGCAGCCGUUAGAUCCACAAACGAUGAAGCGAGUAUCUUCAGUAGAAGAAUCUGGGGCACAGUCUGCAAUUUCAAAGCUCAUCAUCAAGGAUACCAGCCGGUCUGACUCGGCUCUGUACACGUGUUUGGCAUCCAACCAGUUUGGAACCGAUGAAACGAACAUUCAGUUGGUGGUACAAGAGCCACCGUCACCACCAGUUGAUCUGAUUGGCAAAGAAAAAAGUAGUCGAUCCGUAGUACUGAAUUGGUCUUCUACGUUUAGUGGCAAUAGUCCUGUAACAAAGUACACUGUACAGUUCGAUAAUUCCAGCAAAACCAACUCGGAAGGGCGACUGAAAGAAACCGUAGUACCAGGGUCUGAGACCAGUGCUGUAAUUCGAGGCUUACUGCCCGCCACGUCCUACAAAUUCAGAGUUCUGGCCGAAAAUGUCAUGGGAGUUAGUGAGCCAAGUGAAUUUAUUACCGUAGUAACCGAAGAAGAAGUACCUGGUGGCCCUCCGCUUGAUGUUGAAGUUCAUCCCACAGGAUCUCAAUCCUUAAAAGUUACAUGGAAGGCUCCUCGCAAAGAUUUGCAGCAUGGCACAAUCCAUGGCUAUUACAUCGGUUACAAAGUUGCUGAGACUGAUGAUCAGUUUCAGUAUAAGAAUGUAGAAGCCACAGAUGGACAAGAACUUAGCUAUUUGACAAAUCUCCGCAGGCUUACUAAAUAUAAAGUAAUCGUACAAGCUUAUAACAACAUAGGAGCUGGUCCUAGAUCAGAUGAAGUUUCUGCCACAACACUAGAAGCUGCACCUCCUACAUCACCGCUUUUAACCCUCCAUUCUGUGACAUCAACGUCUCUGACUGUGGUUUGGGACAGACAGUUAGACGACAUAGGAAUAAGAGAAUACAUAUUGCAUUAUAAGACAGAAGGUGGUGGCGACGGCUGGAAAGAACAAAAGUUAAGUACCAGUGGGAAUAAGUAUACUCUCGAAGGACUGCGGUGUGGUACCGGAUAUAGGUUGUACAUGACUGCUACUAACAGCUUAGGAACUGGUGAACCAAGUGAAAUUAUAUCUGCUAGAACUAAAGGAGCAGCUCCGGUUUCUCCUCAAAAGGAUGCUUUCAUUACUGUGAAUUCAACAUCUGUGACUCUUCAUUUUGGAGCAUGGUCCAGCGGUGGCUGUCCAAUCCUGCACUUUUCAGUUCACUUUCGGUUUCAAGGACUUUGGAAAGUAGUCGCCGAAAGAGUGGAUGCUUCCCAGACAUCUAUGGAUGUCAGGCAUCUUGCUCCUAACCGGGAAUACACUCUAAGAGUUUCAGCCCAUAGCGAUGCAGGGACAACAGAGGCAGAGUACAGGUUUACCACUCUCAACAUUACGAUGCCGCCUCCUGUUUCGAAAGGUUACAUACCGCCACUAUUGUCGGACACUUUAUCUCUGCCAUUCUACAAGAACUUAACUGUUUUACUACCGGUUGUUAUUUCCGUCGUUGUCUUACUAAUUGUUGUUAUUACAGUCAUUAUGUGUUUACGGAGGCAAGUAGACACCGGAAGCAUGAGCGAAGACAGCCGGAAAGGCAGGAAUGGCGAGCACAUGGGUUUGAGUGAAUUUCCUCAAAAGAGUAUAAAAGACCAUGAUGGCUACGGCGGUAAGUCGUCCUACUACUCUUCACCCGCGAGGAAACCACUCGCUAUGGCGUCCGGAUCUCAAAGAGGAGUUCCAGGAGACACAUCUCUAACAAUCAAAAAGUAUUCAGGCUGGUCCUGAUCCCUUCGUAGUGAUCUUCUAUGAACUCAUUGAAUCAAAAAGCUGCUGUUUAUUGGAAGAAUGGAAUCCCUUAUUUUAAACGUUCAUCAUGUUGUAUUUUUCACUAAUACAUGUCCAUUGUUUGUAUAUUCAAUAAAUUUUAAUUGUACACAA